AAAAAGAACUACAAGCAUUUCACUAAAGCCCUUCACAAAGCUCAAUCUGCAGUUAUGGCUGCCAAGGGUGGAAAAGGAAUAAGCGGAGGCAUCAGUGGUGCUGGUGGUGCUGGUGGUGCUGGUGGUGCUGGUGGCACCGGUGGCUUUGGUGGAGGUGCAAAUCAAAACAAAGGCUGUGGCACUGUACCAGUUCAGCCAUGCCAGGUCAUUCCAGAGCCAUGUGGAAUUGUUGAUCCAUGCCAACAAGCUGGAGGCGGUGCUGGAGGAUUUGGCGGUGGAAUUGGUGGUGGAAUUGGCGGUGGCAUUGGCGGUGGAACACAAGGUAUUGUUGACCCAUGCCAACAAGCAGGAGGCGGUGCUGGAGGAAUUGGUAUAGGAUUGGGCGGUGGAGUACAAGGUAUUGUUGACCCAUGCCAACAAGCUGGUGGAGUUGCUAUUGGAGGAUAUGGAGGGCAAGGGAUAGGUGGAGGAGUUGGAGGAGGAGCUGCUGGAGGAAAUGUUGGUGGAGCUAAAGGUGGCAAUUACGGAACCAAGAAAUGAAUAUCUUAAAAUAAGUUAAAUUAAAUGCCUAAACAACUAUUUGUAAAGCUGUAUUAUGUAUCAUUAUUUACAAUUAACUUCACGUGUGUCUCAUUUUGUCUAUAUUGCUGUUCAUCUGAAUAAAGCAUACCUGAUUCAGCAAUGUUA